GGCGUUUCUCUGUUCCCCCCAGCCUCUCCCUUUUCUUUUCUUUUCCCCGCUAUAUAUAACAACACAACCUGCGAUUCUCACAUUCACACAAACAUCAUUAUGGCUCCAUCUUCACUGUUUUCAAACAUGCAUCUCUUCUUCUUCUUUCUUCUUUCCUCCAUACACCUCUCUCUACAACUCAACCACACCACCUCAUUAUUCUCACUCUCUUUCCCUCUCACACCACUCUCUCUCUCCACCAGCACCGCCUCCAAGAUGAUGCUACUCAACUCACGACCUAAAUCACCACCUUAUUCCUCUCCCUACAACUACAAGUUGUCUUUCAAAUACUCCAUGGCUUUAAUCGUGGACCUUCCCAUUGGGACCCCACCGCAAGUUCAGCCCAUGGUUUUGGACACCGGAAGCCAGCUCUCGUGGAUUCAGUGUCACAAAAAAGCUCCCGCUAAGCCUCCCCCAACGGCGUCGUUUGACCCUUCUCUCUCCUCCACCUUCUCUAUCCUUCCGUGUACUCACCCUGUCUGCAAGCCGCGAAUUCCCGAUUUUACCCUCCCCACCUCCUGCGACCAGAACCGCCUCUGCCACUACUCCUACUUCUUCGCCGACGGCACCUACGCCGAGGGCAAUCUCGUCAGAGAAAAAUUCACCUUCUCCCGUUCCCUUUUUACCCCUCCUCUGAUCCUCGGCUGCGCCACCGAGUCCACCGACCCCAGGGGCAUUUUGGGAAUGAACCGUGGACGCCUCUCUUUCGCUUCGCAGUCCAAAAUUACUAAAUUCUCAUACUGUGUCCCCACCCGCGAGACCCGACCCGGUUACACUCCAACCGGGUCGUUCUACCUUGGCAACAACCCGAACUCUAACACAUUUAAAUACAUCGCAAUGUUGACUUUUGGUCAGAGUCAACGCAUGCCGAAUCUCGACCCUUUGGCCUACACUGUAGCCUUACAGGGGAUAAGAAUCGGAGGAAGAAAACUCAACAUCUCGCCGGCGGUUUUUCGUGCUGAUGCUGGCGGGUCGGGUCAAACUAUGGUUGACUCCGGAUCCGAGUUCACAUACCUUGUUAACGAGGCUUAUGAUAAGGUGCGGGCUAAGGUGGUUAGGGCUGUGGGCCCCAGGAUGAAGAAGGGUUACGUGUACGGUGGUGUUUCGGACAUGUGUUUUGAUGGGAAUGCAGUUGAGAUCGGACGAUUGAUAGGGGACAUGGUGUUUGAGUUCGAGAAUGGGGUGCAAAUAGUGAUUCCCAAGGAGAGGGUUCUGGCUACCGUGGAGGGUGGGGUCCACUGCGUAGGGAUUGCGAACUCUGAUAAAUUGGGUGCGGCCAGUAACAUUAUUGGGAAUUUUCAUCAGCAGAAUCUGUGGGUAGAGUUUGAUCUGGUCAAUCGCAGAGUGGGUUUCGGUACGGCUGAUUGUAGCAGAUUGUCUAACUAGAAUGGGGGUUUAACGAUUGGAUAUGUGUUGGUGCAUGUAACUUGCGUGUGUCUAGGUAACUAGAGAUUUUGUAUGUAGGGAAUAUCAACGUGUCACGUGUGUGAUCAGGCACAUGAUCAUGAUGAUGUGGUUGAAAUCAGACGGUCCAAGAGCGAGGAAGAAAAAGAAAGUUCUACAACUGUUGCCAUGAUAUGACGCGAACUGCUUUUAGAAGAUGUGUGAAGGCACAUAAGUUAUCUAGUACACUGAGACCAUUGUAUAUAUGAGGAUUAAUUAGAGGAUGUGUAUUAUUUACAUAUAUAUUAAUAUUAAUAUAUAUAAUAACCAUUGCUUUGUUUUUUAAGAUAUAA